CUCUCAGUGUCAGUACGGGCCACAUUGUGUUGUGCGAUUUUUGACACCUUUUAUCAAAGUCGAAGGUAACAAGGGACUCAAACAAAUCGUCAUUAAGCUUUCCAUCACUCGCUGCCACACCAUUGUCCUCUUAUAAAUUGGACAGCAAAUGUUGUAUUGAUCCUCCCCUCUUCUCCCGCUGCUGAACUUCAAAUGACCUGAGCGCCUGCCUAGUUGUUUAUGGCUGCGAGUAGCAUUUUUCUGCCUCUGAUAUUUCUCAGCCUGCAGUGGCAUCUGCUGAUUAUUUAUCUCUAUAUGCUUUCACAGAUAAAUGAGCAAGACAUUCAGUACCAGGAGCAGCUGGGACAUGGAAAUGGUGGCACUGUGUACAAGGCUUACCAUGUCGUGGGCAAGAGGGUUUUAGCAGUGAAGGUCAUCCCUUUGGAUAUCACAGUGGAGCUGCAGAAACAGAUCAUGUCAGAGCUUGAAAUUCUCUACAAGUGCGAUUCGCCGUACAUCAUCACAUUCUACAGCGCCUUCUUUGUGGAGAACAGGAUAUCCAUCUGCACAGAGUUUAUGGAUGGGGGUUCACUGGAUGUAUACAGGAGAGCGCCAGAGCAUGUGUUAGGCCGGAUCGCUGUGGCCGUGGUCAAGGGACUUACAUACUUGUGGAGCUUAAAGAUUUUGCACAGAGACGUCAAACCUUCAAACAUGCUGGUGAACACAAGAGGACAAGUGAAGCUCUGCGACUUUGGAGUCAGCACGCAAUUGGUGAACUCCAUCGCUAAAACAUACGUGGGAACUAAUGCCUAUAUGGCUCCUGAGCGGAUAUCGGGGGAGCAGUAUGGCAUCCACUCCGACGUCUGGAGCGUUGGCAUCUCAUUAAUGGAGUUAGCCCUGGGCACAUUCCCAUAUCCACAGAUUCAGAAGAACCAGGGAUCUUUAAUGCCUCUCCAGUUAUUGCAGUGCAUUGUUGAUGAGGUGAGUCGGCUGCUUAUGUGCUUUCGCUCCUAAAGUCAUCCCUAAUGGAGUGGAAAGCUUAUAUUUUGUUUCCUAAUGAAGCAGGGUGCUGGAGCGGCUCCGCCCGUGCCUCCGCUCGCUGCCUUCCCAUAACUGCCCUGAGCCACAGAGCUCAUAGCAGGCCUCCCUAGAACACAAGGCUAGAGCUAAGGCACGGGCCUAGGCCACAGGGACCAGGGGUCAGGGGUCAGCCUUAAACAGGGCACUAGAGUACAGGACUGGCACAGAGGGCUGAUUGUGGACAGGGCCGCAGUACAGGAACUGAGAACUGGGAACUGAAACUAAUUAACAGAGCAAUACAACACAGUGCAAGAACCACCAAGGUUAUGGAGGCCAGUGAGUGCAAGCGUUGAUGUAAAGCAUUCCUGCAUUCAGAGUAAGUUGUUUAGGGUUUGGUGCACACCUGAUGACUACUUGAGAAUAUUAUGUUGGAGGUAAAAGCUGCACCACACAAAAGCUGAAUGGCAUAAACACAUCAAACUGUUAAUGCCUGGAAGCCAUCUGUGAAGCAAUACUGUAAACCUUUGAAGUAUACACUCCUAUACUGGCUGUCAAACACCAAUAGCAUGUGUUUUUAAUAAAAAAAAAUGUAAAAGAUUGAAUACUCCCUUUACAAAACAGUUCCAACUCAAAGGGAAUGUUCACUUUUAUUUCGGAUGCCAGUGCAAUCCG